AUGAGCAAUGGACCUGCGCCCAAAAUCCGCAGAAACGAUGCUGCUCAUAGUCGUGGCGCGGCUGACACAGGCGACUUGCAGUCCUCCGAGGAGGCGCUAGCGGAGCUCCGCGAAGUUUUCGCCUUGUUCGACAAGGACGGCAAUGGCGAGAUAAGCCCUGAUGAGCUGAGCAUCGUUAUGCGCGCCUCCGGCCAGAACCUGACGCAGGCCGAGAUCGUGGAGAUGAUUGCCAAAGCGGACACCGAUGGUAACGGCACCAUCAGCUUCCCCGAGUUCGCCGCUAUGAUGAGCGAGCCGCCCACCGAAGAAACAAUCCGUCAAGCGUUCAUGAUGAUUGACCAAAACGGGAAGGGUUUCAUCACUGCCUCUGACCUUCGCUACAUGAUGAUGACCCUCUUGGGCGAGCAAGUGACGGACGAAGAAAUCGACGACAUGUUACGGGAAGCCGACAUGGACGGAGACGGGAAAAUUAACUAUCACGAGUUCGUUGCAGUGAUGUCGACAUAA